AUCCACAGCUUCAUUAUCAAAUUUAAAGUCUCCCAGCUCCCUUUUUGUCUCUGCAUUUUUCCUAGUGUAAAAAAAGAAAGUUAGAUAUGGGUAAGGAUAUAGAGAGUAGUGUAGAGCAAGGGUCAGGCAAGGACUACCAUGAUCCGCCACCAGCACCAUUGAUUGAUGCUGAAGAGCUGACUAAAUGGUCGUUUUACAGAGCAGUCAUUGCUGAGUUCAUUGCUACCCUUCUCUUCUUGUAUGUCACAGUAUUGACUGUGAUUGGUUACAAGGUCCAAACCGAUCCUCUCAAGAACACAGUUGACCCUGACUGUGGUGGUGUUGGUAUCCUGGGUAUUGCUUGGGCCUUUGGUGGCAUGAUCUUUAUUCUUGUUUACUGCACUGCUGGUAUCUCUGGAGGACAUAUCAACCCGGCUGUGACCUUUGGACUGUUCUUAGGACGAAAGGUAUCACUGAUCCGAGCCAUCAUGUACAUGGUGGCUCAGUGCUUGGGUGCCAUAUGCGGGUGUGGAUUGGUCAAAGCUUUCCAAAAGACUUACUACAACAACUAUGGAGGUGGUGCUAAUGAGCUCCAAAGUGGGUUCAACAAGGGCACCGGUUUAGGUGCUGAGAUCAUUGGUACCUUUGUUCUUGUCUACACCGUUUUCUCCGCCACUGAUCCCAAGAGGAAUGCUAGGGAUUCCCAUGUUCCUGUGUUGGCACCACUCCCCAUAGGAUUUGCAGUGUUCAUGGUUCACCUUGCCACAAUACCGGUCACUGGGACUGGUAUCAACCCUGCUAGGAGCUUUGGAGCUGCUGUGAUAUACAACAAAGAGAAGGCCUGGGAUGACCAAUGGAUCUUUUGGGUUGGACCCUUCAUUGGAGCUGCCAUUGCUGCAUUCUAUCACCAAUACAUCCUAAGAGCAGCAGCCAUCAAAGCCUUUGGAUCUUCCAGGAGCAAUUAAUUAAAUUCAGCCGAAAAAAAAAAGGGGUCACGGAAAUAACAAAUGAAGAAGAUGUGUGCAUAUGCAAGUUUGUCUGAGGAGCUUCCCUUUUACUCAUUACUAGAUUGGGGAAUUGAAGGUCAAACCUUGAGGUUGAACUGUAAAUAAAAUUAUAUAUAUAUGGUUAUGGAGAGAAGCUGGGUGUAUUUUAAGUCCCUGAUAUUGUUUGUUGUUGAUUUGAAAGAUGUAAUGUAAAGUGUUGUGUUUCUUUA